CUAAAAAAUGCACUAGCUAUGGUAUGCUUCUGGUAAAAUCUUGAGUUUGCUGGUGCUUAGUCAUGCUUGCUAUAUUUCCAUGGCAACUGUCAAACCUGGGCGGAGCUUGAAGUAGGCUUUAUCUGAGCCAAGCUUUGCACCCCUUGACUCUCCAAAAAAGCUUGGUCCUAGCACUAGUUUUACCAAGUUUUAUUAUUUCGCAAUAUGAGUAAUAUCAUUUCAUAUUAUAAACCAACAGGGCUUUUUUGAAAGAAGCUUAGUCCUGCAAUGUGACCAGAAUGGAAUACACAUCUAAAUUGUACAUUUACCAUACAAAUUAACUUCGGAAUCCUCUGAAAAGAACAAUGAGGGUUAUGACAAACCGGGUAAAGAGAGGACCUUCAGAGGGAAGUAUCAAAUUCAAGAAAUGAACAGUAAUUCAGAGGAAGACAUUCUUGUGGAUGACUGGCUGACAUCCAAACAAGAUCUCUUGGACACAUCAGAUGAAGAGCUGAACGAUGACCUUUUGCGUAGUGAUGAUGAGAACGAAACUAUGAGAUGUCAAGAUGAAAGUGUUUCUAAACCAAAAGUUCAGGCGAUUGCAAAGCCAUACCUUGUGUGCAAAACUCCACACCUUGCUGAAGACCAAGCCAGAUGUCCUAAAGAAGAGCAGACAGAGGUGGACCCUGGUGAAGUUUUAGACAUCGAAAUCAAUGCUCCCUCUGGAGAUGAAUUUCAAGUUGGAUCUGAGUUGCGAGAGGGUCUCUCUCCUCAACCCUCUGGACGUCAUCUCGUACACUCCUGCAAGGGACAGCCUGCCCCAGAGGAGACCCGCACCGGACCUUGCCGCAGUCCUGAGCCAGUGUUCCCAGGACAGCAUAUGUUUGAUCAACAACACUCUGCUUCAGUCUUGGACACUAAUCCGCUCCUCGCUGGACCUGCUCCCAUGGGCUCCAUUCAUCCUCCAGGAUAUGAGAGUGACCCCUUGAGGCCCAGUCCAGCUUUGCAGGGGCCCACUCAUCUGUCAAAGCCUGGGUCUUCCCACCGUGGGCACUGCUCUCUCCAGAAAAAUCCAUCAGCUCAGUCUGGCUGUCCCUUCACAGCUCCCUCUAGACCACAGGCACAGAAACCUGCUGUGCUGGUAAGAGCUGUUGCCAGGACGGUGCAGAGUGCCAAGCCAAUGGCUGUUGCCAGGGGGAUGCCCAUUCCUGCAAGGCAGCCAGCAAGUGCCAAGUCUAAGAUAUCUGCCAAAACUCCACCAGCACCACGGAUGGUGGGAAGAAAUGUGGGUCAGAGGGUCAAGGUGAAGCCCCAUACUCCUCCAGCUACUCAAAAACUUCCUGCAAAGUCCCUAAACAUGACAAACAACAAAGAGCGUGAGGAGGAGGAGGAGGAGGUGAUCUACAGGCAGAGGCUGCAGGAGCAGAUGCGACUAAGGGAGCAGGUUAUCAAACAUAAGGAACGGAUGCGAUCUAUGCGGACCGUAAACAAGAAGCAUCUGCUUCUGGAGCGCUUCCAAACUGAUAGCUCCACUGGACACUGGAACAACCAAAAUCAACAGAAACAGCCGUGCAUCCUGAGUUCUUGCCCUCAGAAGGUUACGCACCAGCAGCCCUUCAAUAAUCCCCCUCGUUGUCUCAUUCUGGAGCGCCAGCCAGAAUUCCAUUCGCUGCCUCCACAGCAGCACCAAUACCAGCUUUUAGUACCCACACUUCAGCCGCCAUGGCAACGAGCUCCACUGGCUGGAGGAAAUCCAUCAGGCCUUGCAGCAGAGAUGCAGCAUAAUCAGCCUCAUCAGUGGGGCACAGACAGGGUGGUGUUACAGGGGAUGGAGCAAAUCCCAAACCAGAUGAACCAACAGUACAGUAAUGACAAGGCCCAUGCAGCAGAUCGGCAGGCAGUUCGGCAAGGAGGCAAGAGGAUGUUAGAGCAGAGAACUUCUGAGGGGCCUGUUCCCAACAAAAUGACAAUGGUCAGACACUUCAGCCCAGGUACUAGAAAUGAGAGUACAAGCUCUGAUCUCACGUCACAGAUGAGUGAAGAAACCAAAGCAGUGACUGAAAGAAAGGCCAGAAUUGUCACCUUCUCAAUGCCUGAUUCAUCUACACCUUCUUUUCUACAUCACAGUCUUAAGCUAAACUGUCCGAAACAGGAGAGAGGAUCUGGCCCAAACCAGGCCCAGGAAAAGGUGGCUGUCAGGGGAAAUGAACGCAGUGCUUUCAUACCCUUCAGUUCCGGUGUAAGAACAGAGUCUGUUUCUGCUCAAACCUGUGUCAACUUCAUAGUAAGACUGAACCACUGAACCUUUCGGAGAUCAACCCUGUCCAACAGCAUGCUGAGUAUAGAAUAUUUUCAGUGUUCUCACAGUUUUGCCAACAUUUUUGUUAGAAUGCAAUAUUUGCCUUUUUUGUGAUUGUUGAAGACAGUGGUUUAACAGUUGUUUACAGUUUGCUCCUUGGUUUCCAUUAAACGUACACUACUUGCAUGGUC